UUCCUUAGAUCCAAACGUCAAAUCAGAUGGGUUUCGGCCACUGUCCUCUCAACCCUAUAAAUAUUUGAUCUCGCUUUAUGCUUCAUUGAACCAUCAAGUAAACAUAUAUUCGAUCGAUAAGCUAUAUUUGGAGAUGGCCAGGAUGUAUUCGGACCCUCUCGUUGUCGGGGGAGUGAUCGGAGACAUAGUCGAUAAUGUCACGCAUGUUGUGAAAAUGACAGUAACCUAUGGCUCCAGCAAGCAAGUCUACAACGGCCAUGAACUUCUUCCCUCGACCGUCGCUAACAAGCCCAAGGUUGAAGUUCAUGGGUGUGACAUGAGAUCAUUCUUCACUCUGGUGAUGACAGAUCCAGACGUUCCUGGUCCUAGUGAUCCUUAUCUCAGAGAGCAUUUGCACUGGAUUGUAACCGAUAUACCGGGCACAACGGAUGCCACAUUCGGGAAAGAGAUGAUAGGGUAUGAAAUGCCGAGACCAAACAUAGGGAUACACAGGUUCGUGUUCAUGCUGUUCAAGCAGAAGCGCAGGAGCUCGGUCGUGUCCGUACCAUCGUACCGUGACCAAUUCAACACUCGAAUCUUCGCCCAAGAGAACGAUCUCGGCCUCCCUGUCGCCGCUGUCUUCUUCAACUGCCAACGUGAGACCGCUUCCAGACGCCGCUAACUUUGUCGCCUGCCCAUACGUACACACACAUAUAUAUACACACACACCUGUGUACUUACUGCCCCUACGUAUUAAUUUAUAACCUAGUGCAUUUUGCAUGCAUUGUGUGUAUAUAUAUAUAUACCUAUGUGUGUGUGUGUAUGCAUGUAUAUAGGAAGUGUGUGUGAUCUGAAUAAUUGAAGAAUGAUCGAUGGUUUGUUAUAUAUAUAUAUAUACCUAAGUUUGUGUUUC